GAUUUCAAACUUCAUCUUCAUCUUCCAUCGUCCUUCUCCUUUCGGGUCGCGGGGAUUUCAAACUUGCAAAAGAACUGCAAAAUCGAAUUUUAAUGUGAAACUGAACGAAGAUUGCCUUAGUGUAAAUGUCUGGGCGCCUGCAGAGAAGAAAAACCUGCCAGUAAUGGUGUGCAUAUUCGGUGGAGGAUUUCUUAGCGGAAAUCCGUCUACCGAUUAUUACGACGGAGAGGUGCUUGCCAUUCACAGCGACGUCGUAGUUGUCAGUGUUAAUUAUCGAUUAGGGCCCUUUGGGUUCCUGAAUCUCGACGAUGACGAAGUGCCGUCAAAUUUGGGUCUACUGGACCAACAACUGGCCCUUCGCUGGGUGUACAGGAACGUUCAAUUUUUCGGUGGAGACCCACACAACGUGACGAUUUUCGGCAACAGCGCCGGAGCCGUGUUUGUUUCAGCUCACAUGCUCGCGAAGGACAGCUGGAAGUACUUUCAUAGGGCCAUCAUUCAGAGUGGAGGCAUCAUUGCUCCGUGGGCUCACACUUCCGUCAGCAAGGCUCGAGAGGCGUCGUUGAAACUAGCAGAAUACGUUGGCUGCAGCAAGGGUACCACGGAAGAGCGCAUGCUGGAAUCGCUCGACGUUAUUUUCCCUGACUUACCCAUGCUGAUCAAAAAGUCAAUCGCAUCGCAUUUCUUGCCCCAGGAACUGAAGAUGUACUCCGCCGACACCACAGUACUGUCCGACUUUCCGUACAUUUACCGGGAUAUCUUAGCCAAGAUAGUAGGAGACUUCCUUUUCAAAUGCAGCGUCACAAAAACAGCAGAGAUCGUACCGCAGCAACAUGAAGAAGCGGCGGUGUUCGUGUACCACUUCGCCGAGAGAUCCAGCUCGAUCAAAUUGCCCGCUUGGAUGGGCACCACUCACGGUCACGAAAUCCAACACGUUUUCGGUGGACCGCUUAGGCAUUCCAAUGUCUACACAGAGCAAGAAAAAGAAUUCAGCAAACUGAUUAUAAAUCUGUGGACCAGCUUUGCUGCUACAGGGUAA